UCAUUCAUAGUACGUAGCUCUCAGAGAGAAGUGUUGUAGCUCGUAUCGCUGUCUUAUCUUGAGGUAGUUCGAAUAUAAGGCGAUAGCAAUGGCCUGUGUACGUUGUUAUGAUAAUUCAUUCAUCGGAGGCGUGUUCGCUGUAGUUUCCGGUCAAGUGGGUUUCAUUUAAUUAAUCUUCAAAAGAUAAAUAAUUAUCUUUCGAUCGAGUUUUUGUCAAGAAAUCAUCCGAAAUGGCUUUAUACAGUUUGAAGAACAAUCUCCAGUACGCGACCCUGAAGACACUGUCCCUGGUGUCCAUUAGCGUGAUGUCACCACAGGAGAGCGUGCAGGAGGUGUUCAGGACAGCUGACUGCGUCUGCUUCGACGUGGACUCCACCGUCAUUCAAGAUGAGGGCAUCGACGAGUUGGCCAGGUUCUGCGGAAAGGGGGAUGAGGUCAAACGAUUAACGGCAGAAGCAAUGGGCGGCACUAUGACGUUUCAAGAGGCAUUGAAGAAGAGACUAGACAUUAUUAGACCAAGCGUUAGUCAAAUUAGAGAAUUCCUAGAAAAAUUCCCAGUACAUCUCACACCAAGAGUAAAACAAUUGGUUCACAAGUUACAAGAGAGAGGCGUAGCAGUCUACCUCGUGUCUGGAGGCUUCAGAAGUCUUAUAGAGCCAGUCGCUGAGAUUCUGGGAGUGCCAAAGAGCCACAUUUAUGCGAAUAGACUCAAAUUCUACUUUAAUGGGAAGUACGCCGGCUUCGACGAGAACGAGCCGACAUCGCGGUCAGGCGGCAAGGGGCUGGUGAUCAGGCGGCUGAAGGAGGCGCACGGCUACCAGCGGCUCGUGAUGAUCGGGGACGGUGCUACUGACGCCGAGUCCUGCCCGCCCGCUGACGGCUUCAUCGGUUUUGGCGGUAAUGUGGUACGUGAAGAGGUUAAAAAGAAGGCGGCGUGGUACGUCACCGACUUCCAGGACCUCAUCGACUCUCUUGCCAUUCAGACAGCAAAAUAAUACUUAUAAAGGAAAAAUAUUGAACCAAGAACUUAAUUCGCAAUGCAAAAUUCGACUCGGUUUCGAUAACUUGCAUACGCGACAGCCAAUAAACACUUGCCGCGCCUAGCGUUGACCAAUGACAGCCCGUAAGUUUCCGAAUCCGAGUCGAACGGGAAUUUUAAAUCACCCCGCUGAACUGCGUU